AUGGCGUCGCCGGGGCCCGGCCUUACCGACCUUGGGGCGGACGUGGUGGGCUCCUGCGGGCCUGAGAGUGUGGGGGUAGGAGGCCGAGCUGGCCAGGGCGCGCGGACGCCAGUGGUGGACGACAGCGAGGCAGAGGCCGGGCAGAGCCGCGCGACCAGCCUUAUGGGACAUCCUGACUUGGGAGAAGUGACCCCGGAAAUAAAACCAUCAGAAAGAGGAACAGCCCUGGCCAUUGCAGAUUUGGAAUGGAGAGAAAUGGAGGGAGAUGAUUGCGAGUUUCAUUACGGAGAUGGUUCAAAUGAAGUUCAGGACAAUGAAUUUCCAACAGUAGAAAGAAGCCGGCUUCAAGAAAUGCUGUCCCUUCUGGGACUAGAGAUGUACCAAAUCCAGAAACUCAGCCUUCAGGAUUCUCUACAGAUCAGUUCUGACAGCAUGAAGAACUGGGCUCCUCAGGUACCCAAAGACUUGCCUUGGAAUUUUCUAAGAAAGCUGCAGGCCCUCAAUGCUGAGGCCAGAAACACCACCAUGGUGCUGGAUGCACUGCAGGAUGUGCGGCUUGAGGAGAAAGAGGGCCAGAUGGAGGAGGAGGUCCUCUACUGGGGCUCAACCGAUGAGGCGGCUGCUGACAUCUACUCCUUCUCUGAGCUGCCCACCCCAGACACGCCAGUGAACCCCCUGGACCUCCUCUGUGCCCUUUUGCUUUCCUCAGACAGCUUCUUGCAACAGGACAUCAUUUUAAAAAUGUUCCUCUGCCAGUUUGCACUCCCACUUGUGUUGCCUGACUCAGAAAAUCACUACCACAUGUUUCUGCUAUGGGCCCUAAGGGGCCUGGUGAGGACAUGGUGGUCUCAGCCUCUGAGGAGCCCAGGGAGCUUCAGAGAAGAUAGCGUCAUUCUUUCCAGGAUGCCCACCUUUGCAUUUGUACGUAUGGAUGUUAGCAGCAACUCUAAAUCGCAGCUUCUCAAUGCCAUCCUCAGCCCCAGCCACAAGCCACAAGAUUGCUUCUGGCAUCGAGACCUGAACUUGGGUGCCAGUUCUCGGGAAAUUGCAGAUGGGCUUGUUGAAAUUUCUUGGUUUUUCCCUAGUGGCAGGGAGGACUUGGACAUUUUCCCAGAACCUGUAGCUUUCAUAAAUCUGAGAGGGGAUAUUGGGUCUCAUUGGCUGCAGUUUAAGUUAUUGACAGAUAUCUCUUCAGCUGUGUUUAUACUGACUGAUAAUAUCAGUAAAAAAGAGUACAAACUGCUAUUUUCUAUGAAAGAAUCAAACACAAAAUACUAUUUUAUCCUGAGUCCUUACCGAGGGAAGCGAAACACAAACCUUAGAUUCCUGAAUAAAUUGAUUCCUGUGCUAAAAAUCGACUACUCGCAUGUUCUUGUGAAGGUCAGCAGCACAGACAGUGAGAGCUUUGUGAGGAAGCUGCAGUCUAUUGUGCGCUGUGUGAUGCGGUCCCCCUGCCGGAGAGUGUCCGUGGAGGACAUGGCAAAUGCAGCCCGCAAGCUGGGCCUCCGAGUGGAUGAGGACUGUGAAGAGUGUCAGAAGGCCAAAGAGCGCAUGGAGAAAAUCACUCGAAAAAUCAGAGAUCCAGAGGCCUACAAACAGGAGGAGCUGCGACUACAAGGAGAGCCCUGGAGGAAGGUAGCCCAGGUUGAGAAGGAGCUCUGCCGGCUCCAGUGGGCUGGAGACCCUUCGGAGAAGUGCUGGUCUGAACUGAGGGGAAGGUUGCUGGAGCUCCGGGGGCAGCAGAACAGCCUUGAUCCCACCUGGGGACUGCAGGAGUUUGUUAGGGGUAUCAGCAGUCCCUCGCCAUGUGAGAAGCAGUACUUCCUGAGGUGGAUGGAGUUUGGCCUGGCUAGGUUGGCCCAGCAGAGGCUGAGGCCUCCUCCAGAGACCCUCUUCAGCCUGAGGGCCAAAUACUAUGGGACGCUGGAUGCCACAGAGCCACUCUGGCCUGAUCCUCUGGGGGUGGAGCACUUCCUACGGGAAAUGGGGCAGUUCUAUGAAGCUGAAAGUUGUCUGGUGGAGGCAGGGAAGCUGCCGGCAUGCCAGAGGAGGUUUGCCCACUUCCCAGGUUUGGCCUUGGAACUGCUGCUCCGGGGGCUCCCACUGGAGCUUGUUGAUGGGGGCAGCCUGAGUGUCCCCUUGCGCUGGGUCACUGGGCUGCUAAGAGAGCUACACACGCGGCUUGAAAGAAGGUCACGUCUGGUAGUUCUGUCAGCGCUUGGGGUACCAGGCACAGGCAAGUCCACGCUGCUCAAUACCAUGUUUGGACUGCGGUUUGCCACUGGGAAGGGCAGCAGCCAUCGAGGGGCCUUCAUGCAGCUUGUGGAGGUGGCCGAGGGUUUUAGCCAGGACCUGGGCUGCGACCACAUCCUAGUGAUAGACUCAGGAGGGUGGAUUGGUGGGGCCUUGACCACAGCAGGGGAGAGGUUUGAGCUAGAGGCCUCCUUGGCCACUUUGAUAAUGGGGCUGAGCAACGUCACUGUAGUAAGCUUAGCAGAAACAAGGCAUGUCCCCUUGGCUCUUCUGCAUGCAUUCCUGAGGCUUGAGACCACAGGGCACACCCCUAGCUACCAGUUUGUAUACCAGAAUGUUCAUGGCACGUCUGUGCCUAGCACCCAGUUGAGAGAUGGGAGACAGUACCUAGAGUCACUAAGUGAUGGGGGCCUGACUGUGGCCUGUGGGGAGAUGCAAGGGGACAGUGUUCGAGCACUGGCCAACGUGGCCUUUGGUGACCUUGAGAAACAGCACAUCUGGCACAUUCCUGGCCUGUGGCAUGGGGUACCCCCUAUGGCUCCUGUUAGCUUGGGAUACAGUGAAGCCAUUUUUGAAUUGAAGAGAUGCUUGCUGGAAAACAUCAGGAAUGGUCUGUCCAGCCAAAACAAGAAUAUCCAGCAGCUCAUUGAGCUGGUGAGGCAACUCUGA